AUGGCUUCUGGCUUUUGUGAGAAUUGCUCCCGAUUGCUUAAAGAUGUCGCUGCUCACUUAAGUAGAGUCUGCAGAGAGUUUGGGCAGAAAGUAAGGGACGUUUUCAGAGAGCUUUCUCAGUGUACCUGCCUAAGGAAUACACCUGACAGGAAUUUUCCGAGGAGGAAGACCACAUUACACCUCCUGCAUGAUCAUGAAACUCAACUGCUCAAUCAGGAAAGUCUGCAAACACUGAGCAGACUUGCAGCCUCAGAAAAGCCUGAUCUACAAAUGACUGCAGCCGUGUAUUAUUUACAUCUCAGUCACAAGCUCACAUCCCCCUUACCAGAUGCCUUCAUGGAACCAAUCUUGGCUUUACUUUUCUCAUCUGACCUGGAUGUGCAAAAGACUAUUUCUCUCUCCUUGGUCAAUCUGUUAGUAAAGAAUAAUGUGUGUAAAGAGUUGGCGAUUGAAAUGGGGAUACUGAUACCCAUACUGGAGUUGUUCCAGACUGGUGAUCCCACCGCUCAAUGUCACUCCUGUGCAUGUGUAGCCAUGCUGGCCUCUUCAGAGUCAAACAGAGAUGCUUUGAUGGUGGAUGGAAUCGUUCCACUGUUGGUUUUAGCAAGAUCUUACGAUCCGCUGGUGCAACAGAGUGCAGCUUGGGCCUUGUUACAUCUCACACAGUCAGAUUGGUCAAUGAAGAUCUUGUGUCAAGCAGGAACAAUUCCUGUCCUGGUUCUUCUGCUGCAGUCCUCAGAUACAGAGGUUCAGUUUUACAGCUGCACCGCUCUGUGUAACAUUGCUGCCGUCCAGGAGCAUCACCCAAAGCUCCUCGGCAUUGGGAACAAUUAUUUGUUAAAGUCUCUUGUGACACUCAUGUCUUCAUCUGUGCAGAAGAAUUCAGCCCAAGCAUGCAGAUGCCUACAAACUCUAUCGAAGAAUGUUUUGAUCCAGGAGCAGCUGAUGGAGCUUGACUGUGUGUUGCCUCUGAAGACGCUGCUGAAAACCUCCACUCCUGCCUGGACAAAGUCAGCUCUAACACUACUUUCUGCACUGUCUGCACAUCCACCUAAUAAUGAGGCCUUAGUGAACGAGGGAGUACUGGAUGUGAUGGGUCAGCUCCUACAUCAUCACAGUUCCAGUUCUGUUAUAAUCACACACAGCUCCAAGAUCAUCACCAAUCUGAGUAGCUCCUGCAUGGGUCAGCAGGCUGUGAUGGAGACUCAGUGCUUAUCAGGACUCCUCUGGGCGCUUGUGUCUCCCACCCUGUCAGAUGAGACUUUGCUGCAUGUGACAUCAUGCUUACAUAAUCUGAUGACCUGGGAUCCACUUAAGUCUAAGUUGUCAGAAAUAGUAACAUCAGAACAAGUUUCAGGACUGGUGAAGCUCUCUGAACAAACAGGAAAUCUUCAAUUGUCAUAUAACUGUGCAGUCAUCAUAAGCAAACUAGAAAUGACAGGGGAGAUCAUUCAGUUGCUGAGACCUCACUACAUCACUAUGUCCGAGUACCUGUUGGUAUUUCUCAAAAACAAAGAUGUUAAAUUUCAGCAUCUUGGCAUAGUUACCAUAUUCAACCUUAAGAAAGAUGAAGACUUUUCAACUCUGUUGGCUAACAGUGAACUGGAGGUCCAGCUUUGGAAGGUGCAUGCGCAGACAGAGGAGACCAGACGGCUGCUGCUAAUGAUUCAGCCCAUUUCUCCAUCUUGGCUUAACCCUUAAGUCACUCAGUACUGAGAAAUGCACAGUGUGGACUGUAUCAAGUGUUUACAUUCAUACUGCAUGGACAAACAUCAUUUUUAAAUCAUUUUUCAAUGUGUUUAUUUUAAUGUGUUUUUAAUUACAGUCAACAAAUUAGCUGAAAAACAAGGCAA